AACAUCUCAAAACCACAAUUAACAAGUUUUGAAUGAAAACAAAUUUUCAAUUUUAUCUUAGUUUGUUGAAAAAUCUGUAUAUAUAUAUAACAACACAUUCAAAAAGCUUUGGCUCCAAAAUCAGAGCUUCCUCUCUGAUUUCAAUGCGCCCACCAAAAUCAUUGGCCCCAAUCUUCACCGCUGCUCGUUUCCACACCUACACAUUCCCGACUGUUGAUCUGAAUCACAAGAUCAACGAGUGCGUGCGCAGCGGAAAUGUCAGCGGCGCACGCAAACUGUUCGACGAUUAUCCCCACUCGAGAAACGCCGUCUCAUGGAACUCCUUGAUCAACGGCUGCAUCAAAGCCGGCCAUUUCGCAGAAGCCCAGAAGCUGUUCGACGAUAUGCCGCACAGAGACGUCGUUUCUUGGAACACCCUGCUUUCGGGCUUCCGCGACGCCCAGAGCCCAGAGAAGGCUCGCCACCACUUUCUACGGAUGAUGGGGAGCGAUCAGAGGCCGGAUGAGCUCACGUUUGCAGUGCUCAUGAGCGCGUUUUUGAAUUCGGAGUUUGAUGUUUUGGUUCUGCAGCUGCACGGGCUCGUUAUCCGUCUAGGGCUUGAUCUUAAUAUCUAUCUGGGAUCUGCGUUAUUGAGGGGAUAUGUUGGUUUAGGUGAUCGCAAUGGUUUUUGCAGGGUGUUCGAUGAGAUCGUGGUGAAAGACGUGGUGCCCUGCAAUGUGUUGAUCUUAGGUUAUAUUGAAUUUGGGUUGAUGAGUGAAGCAAAAAAGGCGUUUGAUCUAAUGCCUAAGAGAAACGCUUUUUCUUGGAGCAUCAUGAUUAAUGGAUUCAUGAAGAACAGAAUGGUAAGUGAAGCAAAGGAAGUUUUUGAUAGUCUCUGUGAAAAAGAUGUAGUUUCUUGGACUGCAAUGAUAAGGGGGUGUGCACAGUGUGAGAAGUUUGUGGAAGCUCUAGACAUGUUUCUUGUGAUGUUGAGCUCGGGAAUUCGCCCAAAUCAUUAUACCUUUUCGAGUGUCUUUGAUGCCUGCGCGGGCUGCUCGUCUCUUGUGAUGGGGAGCCAGGCUCACGCGUGUCUGUUGAAGCUUGGUAUCCCUUUUGACGUGGUUCUGGGGUCAUCCCUUGUGGACAUGUACGCAAAAUGUGGCGACAUAGUGGCUGCAUUCUGCGUGUUUGAGUCCAUGCCGAGGAAGAAUUUGGUGACGUGGAACUCGAUCAUUGGAGGCUACGCAAGGCACGGGCUUGCACGUAGGGCAUUGGAGGAGUUUGAGAGGAUGGCUGUGAGCGGCGUGCAUCCUGAUCAGAUCUCGUUCAUCAAUGUGCUAUCGGCAUGUGUGCACGGGGGGAAGGUGAGAGAAGCUGAGGAGAUUUUCUACUCGAUGCAGGCUAAGUAUGGGUUGGAAGCAGAGAUGGAGCACUAUUCGUGUAUGGUGGACCUGUACGGGAGGGCGGGGGAGCUAGAGAAGGCGGAAGAGUUGAUAAAGAGAAUGCCGUUUGAGCCGGACGUGGUUGUUUGGGGGGCGCUGCUUGGGGCUUGUGGGCUGCAUUCAUGUCUGGAGCUUGGUGAGUUUGCAGCAAUGGGGAUAUCUAAAGUGGAACAGGAUCAUCCUGCAGUUUACUCAAUCCUGUCCAAGAUAUACGGUGAGAAUGGGGCUCGGAGUGGUGUGUUUCAGCUCGACAAGAUGAUCGGAAAAUGGCAGGGAAGGAAACAGAAGGCUGGGAGUUGGAUCCACUCCAAUCUUGGACUACUUACAUGAAUUGCUACAACAGUUUUCAUCUUAUUCUGUUAUGAUGUUAAUUGGUUGGACUAUUGAUGCCGAUGAAAUCUACUCCAAAUGCCAAAGUUGAACUACUAAAUGACUCCUUAGAAAUAGAUCUUUUGUUCCUACCUAAGUAUGAACUGCAGUCUGCAGGUCUAUUUUAUUUAGAUUUAGUUUAGUGUAUACUUGUUUAAUUUAGAUAUAAUAUGUAUUAGUUUUUACAUUAAAUGAGAUUUAUACUGAACUUUGGAAUUUUUCAA